UGUAAUGUAGAGCAGUUGCCCCAUUUUACCCUCACCCACCCAUUAUAUCUCUCCCUGGGCUUGCUUCUUGAUAUUAAAGAAAACCCGUUUUGGAACUGUCUCUCUCUAUAUAAAGAAUAGAGACAUUUAGAGCCAGAGGUGAGAGUGAAAGCAGGAGGAAAGAGGGUGCAAGAAAAUGCCAAGUUCAGGUUCAUUUUUGAGGCAGCUUAGUGGGAAGGAAGGUUGGAAAUCAACAUCCAGGAGGUGGGCUAGUGAUACUGCAAGCAACACCACCACCUCCGGCUGUGAGGGGAGUUUCCGGCAAAUGGAGGGGCUGAGCAUGUGCGGCGGCGGGGCGUCGAUGAGGAAGAGGGUGAUGGUGGUGGUGGAUGAAUCCUCCCACUCAAAGCAUGCCAUGAUAUGGGCUCUCACCCAUGUUGCCAACAAGGGUGAUCUCCUCACUCUCUUCCACAUCAUCCCUCCUUCUUCUUCUUCUGAAUCCUCUUCCACUUUCCUUGCGAGCUCCCUUGGCUCUCUCUGCAAACAUUGCAAGCCUGAGGUGGAAGUGGAAGCAUUGGUGAUACAAGGGCCAAGGCUGGGCACAGUGCUGAGCCAAGUGAAGAAGUUGGAGGUGUCUGUGCUGGUUUUGGGGCAAAAGAAGCCCUCUCCCCUCAUCUCUUGUUUGUGCGGGGGAGGCGGCGGCGCCGGAGAGGAGUUUGUGGAGCAGUGUAUAAACAGUGUGGAGUGCCUGACGAUAGGGGUGAGGAAGCAGAGCAAGGGCGUGGGUGGGUACCUCAUCAGCACCAGGUGGCAGAAGAAUUUCUGGCUCUUGGCUUAGUACACGUAGUGAUCAUAAACCCAAAGCUUCAUUGGCUCAUUGUAGUGUUGUGAGAUCUCAGAUCAUGAUAAGAAGCUUGUUAUUGUUAGUUGUAUCAUAAAACCAUAGGAGAGGAGUAUUUGUGUGGGAGGAGGAGGAAGAAAAUCUGAUUGUAGUUUGUAGUCUUAAUCUUACUCUGAAUUAUAUUACUUCUGACCAGAUCUAUUCUCUAUCAA